UCAUGCCAUGUCCCAUUACCGGAUAGCCCCUCUGGUCUAGAGGUAGCUUUUAUACUGCUUCAUAGGCAUACUUCCUUAAUACUGCUAUAUGAGUGAUGGCAAUGCCAGUAGUAGAAUCUGACAGUAGCAGUGGUGUAACACAUCUACGGAACAGUAGCAGUAACAGCACCAGCGUUCGCGACAAAACCUCCAGGGCACCGGAGCGCAAUGGUUAUGUGAAAACAAGUUUCAUCCAGCCACAGCCCGACAGUCGAGAUCGAGAUGGUGAUUGCUCAUAUGGGUCGUGCAUGGUGAGGCUCGUAUUCAAGAUAUGGAGUUCCCAAAGACUCCGGCGUGUAGUAUGUGUGGGCUCACUGUCUGUUUUUCUCGCUCUGGUGGUUAAAUUAGCCGACUGGAGGACUGAGCUCAGUAGCAGUGGUAACAGUAACAGCAGGCUGCACUCCAGCUCUCCUGUUCAUUUCGUGUCAGGCUACGCAGGGGAGUUGUUGCUAACUCUCUGGCAUCUGAUCUCGCCUGUAUUUACCCUCGUAUGUGCCUUCUUUUGGGUGGGUUUGUAUUUGAUCCGCUGCGGAGUGCUUAUCCAAACCGCCCUUUUCCUCCUCACUCUUUGCCACCUGGGAGAGACAGCGGCGUGGGCUCUCGUGCACGGCGGGACUUGGACGGAUGAACAACAGCCGUUUUCCUUCAGCACGUCAGCGGCCGCGGUCGUGCUCGCCUGCCUGGCAACCGGCACACUCAUGGUAGCGCGGCUCAAGCACGGCAUCUCGGUCAUAGUGUUCGUAAGCGUCGUUCGGACUAUCUCGCUCAUCUCGUUGCACAAAGUCCGGGCCACUUGGAGACCUUACGUGGCGUACCUGGUGGGAGUGUUGGGCAUCCUACUGGCGAGGUAUGCUGAUAGUCUACUUCCGAACCAAGGGAUACCCAGGGAGGGCUGUACCCCCUCUGUGACUGGGGCGAGGGAAGGGGACGAGACCCCUGUGUUUAAAAGGCGAAGGAGGUCCAGUUCUGUGAUCUCCACAGACAUGGCACACAGUCAGUCCAACAGCAAGUCACACAGGAGGACCUCGCUGCCAUGCAUUCAGAGGGACCAGAUGCCAGAAUGGGACAGCAAGAGAAGCUCAAGAGGAUCUCAGUCGUUGGGCACCAGUGUGGUGGUGGAUAUAGCUGUGAUGGGCGAGGCCCACGGUCUGAUCUCAGACCUGCUGGCGGACCCCUCGCUGCCCCCCAACACCUUCACCUCCCUCCGUGCCGUCAGCAGCCUGCUCACCACUCAGCUCAACUUCCAGCCCCUGCACCGUCCACGCCUCGCUCCCCUGGGCGUCAACCUGGGAGACGCCUACAUCUGCUCCGACUCAGAGGAGGGAUCUGAGAAGAUAGGGGAGAGGACCAAUACCUUGCCUAAGCGUCUGCGGCGUAGCCUGCACCCGGGGCUGUUGAGGAGGACCUCUUCUACAUGGACCACCACCACCUCAGCUACGGGCCUGCCCACCAUCGAACCCGGACCAGUACGCAGGGCCAGCAUCAGCAUCAAACCCUUCCACGAACCGCUCGUCUGCAGCUGUGGGAGACCGUACAUAAAGCUGAGCCAUGGGGAGGGAUCCAUGGACAAAGGGGACAGGAUGCACCGGACAGAGGAUCAGGUGGUGGCAUCGUCAGACUACGACAGUACCCACGAGGCCAACCACAGCGACAGCAGCGACGUAGCGCCGACAGAGGAGGGGGACGCAGAAGGGGGCAAAAACACCCCCCAAAACCUCAUCAUGCUACCUGCAGAGGAAAAGCCCCAGCUGGCCCCGGAGCCAUUAGUGAUGGAGGACUUGGAGCCCCUAAUGAGCCACCUCAACCAAUGGAACUUCCCCAUCUUCAGCUUGAUGGAGAAGACCCAGGGCAAAUGUGGCCGCAUCCUCAGCCAGGUCUCUCACAGGCUUUUUGAAGACACAGGCCUAUUUGAGACCUUCAAGAUCCCGGUUCACGAAUUCAUGAACUACUUCCAUGCUUUGGAGAAUGGCUACAGAGACAUACCAUAUCACAACAGAAUCCACGCUACAGACGUUCUCCAUGCUGUCUGGUACCUCACUACCCAGGCCGUACCAGGUCUGCCCAGCCUCAUCACUGACCAUUGCUCUGCCAGCGACUCAGACUCUGACAGUGGCAUCACACACAGUCACAUGGGCUACCUGGUGUCGAAGACCUACAGCGUGUCGGAGGAUGGGUAUGGUUGCCUGUCGGGGCUCAUCCCAGCCCUGGAGCUCAUGGCUCUCUACGUAGCAGCAGCCAUGCAUGACUACGACCACCCUGGCAGGACUAACGCCUUCCUGGUGGCCACAAGUGCACCACAGGCAGUGUUGUAUAACGACAGGUCGGUGCUCGAGAACCACCACGCCGCCUCUGCCUGGAAUCUGUUCAUGUCCCGUCCGGAGUAUAACUUCCUCGUCAACCUGGACCACGUGGAGUUCAAACGCUUUCGCUUCCUGGUCAUCGAGGCCAUUCUUGCCACUGACCUCAAGAAACACUUUGACUUCCUGGCAGAGUUCAAUGCCAAGGUAGGUGAUGACGUGACGAGGGGUAUUGAUUGGUCCAAUGAGAAUGACAGACUGCUGGUGUGUCAGAUGUGCAUCAAGCUAGCUGACAUCAACGGCCCACUGAAACACAAGGACCUGCACCUACAGUGGACCAAGGGCAUCGUCGAUGAGUUCUAUGAACAGGGUGACGAGGAGUCCAGCCAAGGCCUUCCCAUCAGCCCCUUCAUGGACCGCUCUGCUCCUCAGCUGGCUAAGCUCCAGGAGUCCUUCAUCACCCACAUCGUCGGACCGCUCUGUAACUCAUACGACUCCGCAGCACUCAUGCCCGGACGUUGGGUGGAGCCUAACCCCGAGGAGGAGGAGGAGGAGGAGGAGCACGGGGAAGAUGAAGAGGAGGAUACGACAGAGGAUGAAGAUGGGUCUACUAGCUCAGAGGCAUCGCAGAAAGGCAAAGCAGCUCCCAAGAAGAGGAGGAAAGUGUUCUGUCAGAUCACCCAGCACCUGAUGGACAACCACGAGAUGUGGAAGAAGGUGAUCGCAGAGGAAACCCCCAAGCAAAACAAUGUAGCUGAGCCAAUCCUAUCCAUCCACGAGGAGGAGGAGGAGCCAGGGAGCAGGGAGGAUGUAGUGGAGGGGGAGGAGCCAGAAGAGGAAGGGGAGGUGCCAGAGGAGGAAAUAGACGAGGAGUGGCCAGCGCCCCCGCAGGACGAGUCUGAAUCUGCAGAAGAGGCUGGGCCAGAGUGAGGGCCCCAAAGGCUCGUGGCGAGUGCUAUUCGGGAUCCUUGGGAUAUUGCUACCCUAAACCCUAACCCCUACCCUAAACUUAACCAUAACCCUUACCUAACCUUAACCCCUUACCUAAACCAUUUUAAAUGUAAACUUAAAUGGGGUAGGGAUGUCCCAAGGAUCCCAGAUAGCAAGGACCAAAGGUUCUUGGGAAUGAAAUAAAGCAGCCGCUAUCCCGAGGCAGAACAUGAAAUUACUUUUUCUAUCCUAUUGACAAACAGGCUGACUGAUUUUUUUUGUUUUUGCCAGCACAUUCACUUAGACACAACACUGUAGAAGUUUGGGACAUUGUGCCUAAUGAAAAUGUAACACAGGGUGGGAGAUAUUUACUUGUGUUUUACACAUUUUAUAUAUAAAAACACAGAAUACAAGUCAGGUUCAGAAACAUCGGUCAAUCAUCCUCUUGAGUAACUUUCCAUUAUUACAAUAACCCACAGGAUCAUCUACUGGGUGUAACAAACUGGUGUAAUAGUUCACGAAAUACACAGACUCUUUUUGCUACCGUCAAGAGUGGAUUGAGACUUGGUCGUGAAGACCUCAAACCCAUUGUGUAAACAACGGACUGCAGAGACUGCCGCCAAUUUAUAUAUAAGAAAUAUUUUCUAAAAUGCAAUUAUACUUAAACAUCACAUGCACCUGUACUCAUGUGUUUUGUUUAGGGGGGGGAUUUUAAGUAUUUUCUCUGGGUCUGAUAAAUCUCAGUAAUAUGGUUCUAUUUUUACUAUGUGGAUUGAGAAGGGAAAAAUUAGACUGAACAGCUUCAUACAAAUCUACAUAUUCCAUCUUUAUUAAUGUUCUUUAAUUGAUUCCACAUUGCAUCUCACACCUAUAAUCUGUAAGCACACGACCGCAAGCAUGUCCUCCAGGUAUCUUUUAUCGUUUUACUGACAAACUGAAACGCUCGGUAUAGCCCACCCUUUUAAUAUAGGCCCCUCUAGGAUCUAUGACAUCGGCAGAACUAUCAGCUGGUAACCUUUCUCAUGUCAUGGUACUCCAGGUGAACAGACCAUAUUUGACUUCAGCCUUCAGCCUUUUUGACCAAUGGCUUGGUUCAGAGGAAGUUGGAACACACUACAGGGUCUUUUUUGACCAAUGGCUUGGUUCAGAGGAAGUUGGAACACACUACAGGGUCUUUUUUGACCAAUGGCUUGGUUCAGAGGAAGUUGAAACACACUACAGGGUCUUUUUUGACCAAUGGCUUGUUUCAGAGGAAGUUGGAACACACUACAGGGUCAUUUUUGACCAAUGGCUUGGUUCAGAGGAAGUUGGAACACACUAAAAGGAGAGGAGGAGAGGAGUCAGAAAAAGACAUGCUAGUACUUUAGGUCUCAUGAGUGUUUCUCUAAUACAGUUAAUUGAAAACAGGCCUAGUGUGUAAGAUAAUGAGGUCCUAUGACUAUAAGGCAUAGUUCCUCAACCUAACUCAAAGACAGGAUUCUUCCUCCACUACCAGAUAAACUGACUACAUAGAUCACCAGGAGACAAUAUACUGUUUUUACUACUUAUUAUUAUUAUACUUAUUGAUUCUCGUUUCAGUAACCCCUCCCCUUUCCAAUAGACACAAAAUGUUCAUUUUAGUUUGCCUUUAUUUAACCAGGUAAGUCAUUGAGAACACAUUCUCUUUUUACAAUAAUGACCGAACAGGUACAUGGUAACACAGGAUCACACACACACACACACACACACACACACACACACACACACACACACACAGUAUACGAUCUCUAAGCCAUACAAGGAGGAACCAUUUACUGUGAGGUGAUUUUAAGGGAGCGGGCAGAGUAGCCCAUAAUGGCCCUAGCUUUGACAGCUAGUCUCCAUCCUAAAUGGCACCCUAUUCCCUAUAUAGUGCACUACUUUAGACCAGAGCCCUAUAGAACCCUAUUCCCUAUAUAGUGCACUACUUUAGACCAGAGCCCUAUAUAUAACCCUAUUCCCUAUAUAGUGCACUACUUUAGACCAGAGCCCUAUAUAACCCUAUUCCCUAUAUAGUGCACUACUUUUGACCAGAGCGAGCCCCCCCCCUCUAUUAACAUGCGAACACACACCGUAAAUAACAGUACACACAACAGAUCAAUGUGUAUUGCUGCCAAACACUAUACUACUAUAAACACUGUGCAUACUUUAGGGGGUGAACUGGGUAAGGUGAAUUAAUAGCCUAUGCUCCUUGUACAUUUUGGAUUUCGUCACCUUUCAUCCCAAAUUUGACAUUGUUCUUUUACAUGAUCUUUCUCAAUCAGGUUUUUCAUAAAUCUUCCAGUUGAAAAUAGAAGAUUAUUGAUGUGAUGACUUGUUUAGUGCGUUGCAUCGAUAGCAUACUCAGUACAGUAUAUGGGAUAAGCUACAUAGUUGUAGUGGUUAGCGACACUUUAUGUAUGCUAUAUAAAGCCUUUAUAGGUUGUAAGUUGUAAAGGACCUUUUAAAAUGUUUUUUUUUGGGGGGGGUUGGAAUCCAGGUUUAUGUAGAGUUUAAUCCAGAACCUUCCUGCAGAAAAUAUAACUUUCUAGUAGCAGACACAAACAUUUGAUCCAUUCAUGUUCCUCGGAGACAAAGGCCACACUGUAUGCAACGCUUGGCUUCACUAGAGAUGCAGUAAAGAGGUCAAUGGAAUGCAAUACAUUGGGCGAUAGAAGGACCCUGGACUUGCGGACAUUCAACAAAUCUGAUCCAUCGAAGUGGAUAUUGGUCAAAUCCGUCAUGAUGUAUUGUAACGGGCCCACAAUGUGGUUACUCAAAUCUGAUGUGGAUAUAUUCGGCUGUUUUCACCUCAUAACAUGUAAAAAGCUGUCCCUUUUCAGGUUUAGAAGAUGUGACUGCUAAAUGCUAACUCCUGUUUGUGUUAGCUGGUAGCGUAGCUAGCAUACAGAAAUCAGUGGUGGUAGUCAAAGUCGUUUUUUAAAUUGUAAUGCAGUUGAUUGAUGACGAUGACAUCAAUAUGUACUGGGGUUGACAUCUAUACAAGCAUUGUACUCUGAUUUUUACCUCAACAUAGUGUGGAAUACACAUGUAAACAACAGUCUAAAUGUAGGAUAUUUUGGCUGGGGGGCAAUGAGGAGAUUCGGGAUCUUUCUCCCAUGGCAUCUUUCCCCCGCGCGUUUCCAUGGCAUUGUUUUGGUCAAGUUCCAUUGACCUCUUUACCAUCUGUCCUUUCUAUAUGAUCUUUAUUAUUGAACUGAAUGACACUGUGUGAGAAACAGGCUACCAUUGACAUGAUAUGAUUCUGAAUGACACUGUGUGAGAAACAGGUUACCAUUGUCAUGAUAUGAUUCUGAAUGACACUGUGUGAGAAACAGGUUACCAUUGUCAUGAUGUGAUUCUGAAUGACACUGUGUGAGCAACAGCCUACCAUUGACAUGAUAUGAUUCUGAAUGACACUGUGUGAGAAACAAGUUACCAUUGUCAUGAUAUGAUUCUGAAUGACACUGUGUGAGAAACAGGUUACCAUUGUCAUGAUGUGAUUCUGAAUGACACUGUAUGAGCAACAGGUUACCAUUGUCAUGAUGUGAUUCUGAAUGACACUGUAUGAGCAACAGGUUACCAUUGUCAUGAUGUGAUUCUGCAUCACAUCUACUAUGUUGUCUAAGUAUUUUUAUAAACUGGGUGGUUCGAGCCCUGAAUGCU